GCGGCGACGUCGACGUCAACGAUUCAGCGCUCAAUGCGGCGUCUAUGUGUAUAUGUCUAUGGCCGCAGCCCUGUUGUUACGCUGACGUCCCUCCGCCGCUUUCUCUGUCACUGUCUCGGAGGAGGAGCGGGUCCCGUUUUUCUGUCGUCUCCUUCACGGAACACAAACGUUAUGUUCCCGACUCCUGGGAGACAUUUAUUAGUAUCUGUUCAUCCGAACACCGGCGACUUUUCACUCACAGCCAAGCCGAAUGAGAGGAGCUAAGGGCGGACUUCACUGAGAGGAAGGACCGGGGGAGACUGGGAGGCUGCUGCACAUCCGCCGCUUUCUUUAAUUCAACCGCAUUUUUUUUUUUUUUUUUUGCUGAUUGUUUUACAUCCCCUGACUCCACACAUCUCUCGGCGUGUUGUGAUGUUGUCUCGGACGGUUGCUCGUUCUGUCUCCGUGACCGUUUCUCGGCGGGAGUAACCGUUUCAACGUCUGUCACCCAGAACAAUCACGUUAGCUAGCUAACUCCCCCUUUCUCCUCGGUGGUCCUCGGGACGCACACGGACGGACCGCGGCUUUAACCUUGAUUUUCCGCCUCUAUGACUCGGGGUUUCUUUGGUUUCUCACCAGAAGACGAUGCAGCUGGAAGUGAAACGGUGACCACCGGGAUUGUUUGAUUAACGGCACAGCCGCUGUCCACCGACAUGGUACGAUAGCGUCUGAGAAGCAUCGGGGGAAAGUGAAAAGCUAAGUCCGGGGGGGUGGGGGGUUCAGUCUGGGCUUGUUCCCUCCUCAGAUGAGGCUGUUUUGGUACCAGCAGCACCACACAGACAUGAGGUGGAUGUAGCUCCCCUGUUGUUGUUUUAAUUUGAGCUGGAUCACUGUCUUGGUGAUCUGCGCUGCCUUCAUGGACUGUGAUCAUGAGGAUUGUAUGAAAAGUGAGGCUGUUUUCCCCCUGAUACACAGAGCCUGGUUUGACUGACAGCCAGGCUAAUCUGGGGUGUUUUUAACCCCGUGUGAACACAAACCUACAGCCCACUUCUUUCUGUUCUCCCGGACGGUGAAGCGCACUCAGGGACGGACAUGGCAUUACGCACGGCACUGCCUGGGAACGAGCGGAACCCGGAUCAUCAUACCUCCCUGUCGGCCAGCCGCUCAGAGAAAGGUACCGGCUGGUCGAGCCGCUCACUUGGAGCCCGAUGUCGUAACUCCAUCGCCUUGUGUUCAGAUGAGCAGCCACACAUUGGAAACUAUCGGCUGCUCAAAACCAUCGGCAAGGGCAACUUUGCCAAGGUCAAACUGGCACGACACAUACUGACUGGCAAAGAGGUUGCAAUAAAGAUCAUCGAUAAAACACAACUCAACCCAACAAGCCUAGUGAAGUUGUUUCGAGAGGUACGCAUCAUGAAAACUCUCAACCAUCCCAACAUAGUACAAUUGUUUGAGGUGAUUGAGACUGAUAAGACUCUUUACCUGAUUAUGGAGUACGCCAGCGGAGGCGAAGUGUUCGACUACCUCGUGGCUCACGGCAGAAUGAAGGAGAAAGAGGCCAGAGCCAAGUUCAGACAGAUUGUCUCAGCGGUGCACUACUGUCAUCAGAAGAACAUUGUUCACAGAGACUUGAAGGCGGAGAACUUGCUGCUUGACGCUGACUCCAACAUCAAAAUAGCCGACUUUGGCUUCAGUAACGAGUUCUCUGCAGGCAGUAAACUGGACACGUUCUGUGGUUCUCCGCCCUAUGCUGCCCCAGAGCUCUUCCAGGGGAAGAAGUACGAUGGUCCAGAGGUGGACAUCUGGAGCCUGGGUGUUAUCUUGUACACACUAGUCAGCGGGUCCUUGCCCUUUGAUGGACAGAAUCUAAAGGAGCUGCGGGAGCGUGUUUUGAGGGGGAAAUAUCGCGUGCCCUUCUACAUGUCUACAGACUGCGAGGGAAUCCUGCGCAGGUUCCUGGUCCUCAACCCUGCCAAGCGCUGCUCGCUGGAGCAAAUAAUGAAAGAUAAGUGGAUUAAUAUUGGCUAUGACGGAGAAGAGCUGAAGCCCCACACAGAGCCUCUGGAGGACUUGAACGAUACCAACCGCAUUGAUGUGAUGGUUGGGAUGGGCUUCACUAGGGAAGAGGUCAGAGAUUCGCUAGUCAGUCAGAAGUACAAUGAGAUCACUGCCACAUACCUGCUGCUGGCACGCAAGAACGAGACGGAGGGCAGUGAAUCUCGGACAGGCAGCAGUCUGAGUCUAGCUCGUGUCCGACCCAGUGCCAUUACCAAUGGAACCAGCAAACACUCUGCUUCCUCUUCCUCUUCUGGUGCACCAUCUUCCUCCUCUGGCACCAAGGCACAACGCAGUGCAUCCACUUACCACCGCCAGAGACGUCACUCUGACUUCUGUGGUCCAGCGGUUCCAGGGUCGACCCACCCCAAGCGGAGUCCCAGUGGUGUAGCGGAGGGAGCAGGGCUAAAGGAGGAGCGGCUGUCAAUCCGCAAGCCGAGCACCAAUACUGCUGGCUCACGUAGCAUCCCAACCCCCUCCAGUCCCAUGGUUAGCUCUGCUCACAACCCAAAUAAAGCAGAGAUACCUGACCGGCGCAAGGAAGUUAACUCAACCACAAAUAACAUCCCUGCUAGUGCCAUGACUCGAAGGAACACAUAUGUGUGUACAGACCGAUCCAACACUGAUAGACACACACUGCUGCAAAAUGGCAAGGAAAACAGUUCUCUAUCCCACCGCCUGCCUCCUGCCUCCCCUUCAACCCACAGCAUCGCUGGUGCCUCUGGAGCCUCCUCCUCGUCCUCCACGCCCUCUGCCCGCCUCUCCAGGGGAUCCACGGUGAGGAGCACUUUCCAUGGAGGACAAAUUCGAGACCGUCGGCCUCCCUCCCAUGCACCUCCAGCUUCACCAACAUUGUCCCAUGAUGCCAGCCCGCUGCCCCAUGCCAGGACACGGGCCACAACCAACCUGCUAAGCAAGAUCACUUCCAAGUUGACCCGCAGGGUCACUCUUGACCCUUCUAAACGUCAGAGCUCAAACAAGUCCAUGUCGGGCUGCACCCUCCCACAGGGGACAAAAACAGUUAACGAACCUGAGAGAAUCAGCAGAUCUCCGGUCACAAGUCGCCAUCUAUCUGGGCAUCAGAAAGCGGCCGAGCCCCGGACCCCCCGAUGCGGCUGGGAUGUGAGGGUGCGGAGCCCCCGCGAUCCGGCCGAGGUGGUGCUAGCGCUGCGUGAGGCGGCGCAGGGCUGUGGCUGCCAGGUCCACCUGGCCGGACCUUUCCUCCUGUCCUGCACCCACGGAGCAGCCGGCGCCCGUGUGGCCUUCGAGGCCGAGGUCUGCCAGCUGCCCAGCGGGCUGGGCCAGAGCAGCGGUGUGAGGUUCAAGCGCCUGUGGGGGGCACCGUUAGCCUUUAGAGACAUCGCCACCAAAGUGUCCAAGGAGCUGGAGCUCUGAGGGCAACAGGAGGCGGGGCAGAUUGAUGACAGACAGGACAAGUUGAUGCAUGAGGAGGGAAGAGGAGGAGGAGGAACAGUGAGGCAGAAAGCAUCACCUCCUCCUCAUCAUCCCUGGGCUCCACCUCAUCUGAUGCGGCUAGCGAUGCCUCGCCUCCGCCAAAGACCCUCUUCUUCUGAUGCCACCAAUCACAGCCAGACAAACUGAUGCACAGACACGGAUAGACCGCCAUCGGCAGACUUAUGAUGACCCUUGACCUUGGAGCUGUCAGUGACCUACGACCCCUGCUUAAAACACGCUGCCACCUCCAUAUGAUGUGAGCCCAUGGAGUCAAACAGUCUGUUUCUGUUUGUUAGUUUUAUUUUUUCAUGUUUUCUGAUAAGGAUAGUGUUGCAGACAAUGACGGAGAUUGAUAAUUCUGUUGUUGUUGUCAUUGUUUUUCCUAUUGUAUCAUAUUUGUCAUCAUUCCUUUUUAAAGAGCUGCUAUUUAAAGAAAUGUUUUUUUGUGUAUUAAGUUUAUGUUCUUUCUUCAGUGCUUUUAAACUGGGCAGAAGUUUGACAUCUGUUGUCCUUGGCAGCAGACGUCACAUCUUUAGGAAGCGAGGGCGCAGUCUGACCUCCAGCCUCUAGAGGGAGACAUGCAGAAAUGCAGAUACUUGUGAGACUGAAUGAAGCAUUACAGCCUUUCUGCCCAUAGAUUCAUAAUGCCCAUUUUACUGCUCACUUGGGAUUUUGAUGUUUGUUUGUACCAUAAUUGGUAAAAUGUUGCUUCUCUACCUGCUAUCCAUACUGAAGUCUCUACUGUGUGUCGAUAGCUGGCAGGUGAGCUGUUUACAGGUGAGCAGAGCUGCCUAGUGAAAAAGGAUAACCUGAUUAUGAGUGUAUACCCACCUAUCCCCAUUUGUCCCCUUGCUACCUUUACUAACGAGCAAAAAAUGUAAAAUUACAUAAUUACACAAUUUGUUGGUAAAAAUACAAAGUAGAAAAAAUUUUCUGCCAGCUGAAAAAAAACUGGAUUAAAUUUUUAUUAUUAUAUUUACUUAACUGGAGUUUCUGAUCUGGAGUUGAAUGUUUGCUGGCAGAAAGAGCCACUUUACAUGAAUUUACUUGAAAUGCCUCAGCAGGUUUAGUUCAUUUAAAGAUUCAAAUUAAAAUUGAUUAUUCUAAUUUAACUAUUUGUUCAAGUCAGUUAAACUAAACUACCUUUUUUACCCCUAGCCACAUAUCGUGCACUGAGUGCCCAGAACAGAUUAUAUUUAUGCCACAAAUGGUGAAAUAGACUCACCCAUUGCAUUUGAUUACUGGUCAAAUUAUUUGAAAUGUAACACAAUAUGAUGAACAGAUUUUCACUUCUCUUCCCCCAAAGGCAGACAUUUAAAAACCUGAUCCGACAUGAAGCUGAAGCCUUUACUCGAUCAUUAUCAAACCGUUUUUCUCUUCAGAUUCGAAUCCCAGGAAAGUGUGUUUUUAAACCUUUAACCUUUUUUAUAAUAAUUUGGUCUCUUCUUUCAAAAACAUUUUUCUCAUACAUGAUUAGAGUAGCUCAUACUGGUUUAGAAUAAAUGGAGGAGUAGGUUGCUCUGGUAGCACUUUGGCAAAACAAUAUUACAGUCGCCAUCGCUUUCCUUAAAUGUAGUGCAAUACAGCCACAAAGCCAAGAAUCAAGACUUGAAUACACAUUGAUUAACACCUAAUAGGGCUCUGUUUGAUUUAUUUUUUUAAUUUUUGAUAUUGUGAAUUUGUUCUUAAGAUCAUUGAGCACUUUUUUUUAGUCAGGAUUGCAUUUGACUGUUCUGGCAGAUUAAUUUGUAUUUUUUGUUUGUAAAUUUUUAAAAGCCGCAUUGUCUCACACGUUUAAAGCCCACUGAAGUGAAUAGUUGAUAUUCUAAAUGCCUUUUCUUUAUUUUUACUUAAACUUCUUGGCAUCGUUCUGGAGUGAUGAUUUCAGGUUUUCAGGUAGAGGUGCUGUUUGGUUUCAGUUAUGCCACAAAGCCAUGUGGUACCACAUUUCUGAAAAAACAACAAAAGUUUUGUCCACUGUUAUUUGCAUUCAUUUUUUACGUCCAUAACAUUUUUGAUAGAUAGAGACUUCAAUCAGACUGCAGCACUGCUAAAACGUCGAUGACUGUUGACCAAUCAGUUUCCAUGUAUUACUGUAGGAGGUGUAUGACUGUUAACCAAUCAGACUCCUGUCUUAUCAAGCCACUGUAUAAUUUCAAAGCAUGUGACAUGCGCAGUGAUGAGGCAGUAUUUUCAGAUCAGAAUGACCUUGAAUGACCUUUUGACAAAUUGGAUUCUCUGAUUUUCUUUUAUAAAAACUCAUUACAAAACAAAGCUACAAAGAUUCAACAGAAAUAGUCCACCAAGUCCUCCAUUGAUCAUAUAUUAACACUGACGACUCCAAAUUCAAAAGGUUGUUGUACUUGUAUUGUAACUCUAUAAAGCCAAGCAAUUAUAACUUGUACUUCUGAAGUAUGCAGCAUCUAACAAAACACAUGUAUACAGUAAAAGGAAAAGUUAGAUGAUACAGCAGAUUUGUGAUCUUUACGGCUGUGAAGGUCUACAGGAAUUUCUGUUUAAUGGGAGAUUUCAGCCGCAGCAGGUCUCCACCACUGUCUGAACAUGUGAAGCUGUGAUUUAGGGCUAGUUUUUAUUUUGUUUAGUUUUUUUGUGCGCGCGUGUGUGUGUUCAACUGGGCCUCACUCUCUGAACCUGUUCUGUAGAUACAGUUAGGGCCACGCUUUAAGGCUACAGUUCUGUUGUAUAGUGUGUUUGAAGCCGUUGCUGUUAUCAACAUAACUUAACUUAUGGGCUGAAAUUACAGAAAUGAUCGACCUGCAAUCCUGCAUGUCUCCUAGGAAAUAAUGUGUGACACAAAAAUAAAGACUUUCAACCUCUUUCA